AUCUUCUCUCUGGAACAUUUCUAUGGUUGUAAGUUGUCCAUCACCGCGCCCAUACUUUAUGGGCCGGUAUUGAUGCAGGCCUUUCUCUGCUCGAGAUGCAUGUAUAGCAGUGAUAUGGUGUAGCUGUGACCGAUUCUCGGGGUCGAUAGUAACUACAACUAGGAAGAGGCGGGGGAGCGCGCAGGUGGAAAUGACGUCUAGUGCGCUUUCCUUACCGUGCACGGACACCGGGUGGGCCGGGUCACCAGGUGGGCCACCCCACCAACUUUGUCACCACAUUUGACCCCCCCUCCACAACGUCACCACGAUGUCGUUGCAGGCUGCUCUUUCAUACAUAGACUCUUUGAAACCAGGAGAAUCUUUUUCGUAUAGACAGUUAGCCAAGAAAUACCGUAUUUCCCGCACUACUUUAACCAACCACCACCAACGUCAGAGAAGGACUAAUAAAGAUGCCCACAAAGAUCAACGUCUCCUCCACCCACGCAAUAAGGCUGAGCUUGUAAAAUACAUUAAAAGCUUCACAGAGACUCACUGCCCACCUACGCGGCAGAUAAUAAUUAAUUUCGCGACCCCCUUGUGCAGUUAGGAGCCCUCAGAUCGGUGGGUUUCCAGGCUCAUUCACCAUCACCCUAAUAACCUCACUACUGCCUGGACCACCCCUAUGGAAAGCACGCGUCAUGCGGCUGAUAACUGUGAAAGAUAUCAUCUAUACUUUAAUCUUUUAACUAAAAAAGUUAAGGAAUUUGACGUUCUCCCUAAGAACACCUACAAUAUGGACGAGAAGGGAUUCAUGAUU